AUGAUGGGAGAAGGUGAUGACGUGGUGGAGCACAUCAACAGACUCAAGACUCUGGCGGAGCAAUUGGACGCAGUCGGUGCUCCGGUCAGUGAAGAUGAUUUGAUCAUCACGCUUCUGGCCAGUCUUAGCGAGUCGUACCAGUUCCUGAUAACAGCAUUGGAGUCGAGAGCCGACUCUCUGUCGUGGGAACUAGUGACGUCUCGGCUAUUGCAUGAAGACAUGAAGCGCAAGGAGCAAGGUGGCGGAAUCGAAGGAGCCGCGCACGGUCAAGCUCAAGCAUUCAUGUCAAGAGACAACAAGCGCAAGGCUCGACCGGCUAAGAAGACCGGUGCGUGCCACAAUUGUGGAAAGCAGGGACAUUGGAUUGCCGAAUGCCCCUCGCGCAUCCAGGAAGACGCUGAUCGACACAGGUACCAGCGUGCAAACAUCGCGCAAGAACCGGAGCUUGGCGAUUACAUGUUCUCGGUUGGUGGUGGCAAGACCAAGUCGAGUUACAUGUGGCUGGUCGAUUCAGGGGCGACGCAGCACAUGACAAGUUCGAAAGAGUUCAUGAGGAACUACAAGGACUUUGGACCAGUAGAUGUGCAUCUUGCUGAUGAUGAGUUAUCUCGAAACUUAUUUUCCGUUGGAAGAUUCAUCAAGGACGUGGGGCCUGUCACCUUUGAAGUCGAUGGUUGCUUCGCGGAAACGAAGGGUUUCAAGUGGAAACUAGGCGCUCUAGAAGUAAAGGGAUUGUUCAAGCUUUGUAUGACACCGGAGUUUCCUGACGAGGUCAAUGUGGCGAGUCCAAUAAACUUCAAAGGAGACAACACUUCCUACCUCUGGCACCUUCGACUUGGCCACAUUGGUCAUGGUGGUCUAGACGCCAUCGUCAAGAAAGAUUACGGCAGUGGAAUCGGCAUGAAGUCUGUGCAGAAGUGGGAGUUUUGUAAAGGAUGCGCACUUGGCAAACAAUCACGUGUGAGCUAUAUGCCCAAGUCACCCGACCGAGCACGUAUGUUGCUGGAGGUCAUUCACAGCGAUGUGUGUGGCCCCAUGAAAACUCCUACCUUCAGUGGAAAACGAUACUUCGUGACUUUCAUUGACGAAUACUCGCACUACUGUGUGGUGUAUCUGCUUCAAAACAAGUCUGAAGUAGCGACCAAGUUCGCUCAAUUUGUUGCGUUGGCGGAAACCCAAACUGGCAAACGUGUGAAGACUCUUCGAAGCGAUAAUGGUGGUGAGUACACUUCCAGAUCGAUGUCCAAGUUCUGUGCGGACCAUGGUAUCAUGCAGAAAUUCACGCCGCCUUACACUCCUCAAUUGAACGGUGUCGCUGAGCGAAUGAAUCGGACAUUAGUGGAAAGCGCUCGUUGCAUGAUGGAACAUGCUGAGUUAUCCAAGUCGUAUUAG